AUGAUCUACUCGACCGCCAUCAUGGUUACCGCCAAAAAAAAACGGAGGGGGGGGCGGCUCGGUCCAGGGGGGCGUACUCUUAUGUUUUGCAUGUCUUAGCGGUUAGACCAUUGACCACGCGUCCUCGAGAGGACGGAGCAUUGUUCCCACAGGACCGAUCACCGAUGGCCAAUCGUUCCUUUCUACUUUGCCAAAGGUGGCUCAAAAAUGUCUUCCCUAGUCUGUCUAUCCUAACGAUAUCCCUUCCCGCCUUUUCAACCCACCUCCUAUGCCCCACUACAGCUACCGUCCUUUCCUCUCUAUUCCAUGCCUCAAACAUCUCCCUGUACGUUCCAUCUAUUUUUCCCAGCUCAGUCACGUACACUUCCCUCUCCUUCUAGUACAACGGACAUUCCGCGACUACAUGAACACGGUCUUCGCAUUCGAAGCCGCAAUCACAUUUGAACUCGUCGUCUUCCUCGUCUACCGUCCUAUGUCUUCGUCGACGUUCUCGAAGGCCUAUGUCCCCGGUCCUGAAUUUGACCUUAAGCUUUGUUCCUGCAUCCAUUGGUCCAUGUAGGUAGUCCUUGAACCCUAUUCCUUCCUUCAACAUUCCGUACACUUCUAGACCCUCCUUAUCCUUGGAUUCUUUCCUCAGAUUCUGUUCUUCUCUCUCGGCACAAGCAACAGAUAUCUUCUCCUUGAACCCCUGUAGACCCUCCGUUUCCAGCGUUUCAUCUUCGUCGAUGUCGAGCCCCUUCCAUACGUCCUCUACAACCUUGACCCAUUCCGUGGGUUGUCUACCCCUCUUUUUGUUUGCCCACUUCGCCUCCCAUACAAUUCUCGGCAACCUCUCCUCUCCCAUCCCGCACAUGCGAUACUGCCAGGUCAGCUUCCUCGCGUCUCUUCCCGACCGUAGGGAUUGGAUCCCCAAUUCUGCCCUCACGGCUGCAUUACUUGUGCGCCUGGAGCAUCCUAGGAUGGUUUUCGCUGCUUUCAUCUGCGCCGCCUCGAGUUCUUUCACUACCUUCUUAUUUCCUUCCCAUACUUCUCCGGCGUACUCUAGCGGCGGUACGAUUACGCUCUUCAAAACCGUCAAUUUGAUGCGUGUAUCGAGGUGCCGGUUUGCGAGUAUUGGGUGCAGCUUCCCUGCUCGUGCUUUGCCCUUUUCCGCUACCUUGGACAUGUGUGCAUUCCACGAGCAGUCUUUUGCGAUCUCUACUCCGAGGUAUGUGUACUGGUCCACUACUGCAAUCUCCUCGAUCCCCCACUUCCAUCUAUGUUCUACUGGUUCCUCCUUGUUCUCGUUGCAUACCAUGACGGCACUCUUCUGAACGUUGGCAGACAAUCUCCACUUAUCAGUAAACUUCUUCGCCGCGUCAAUUUGCAGUUGCAGUCCCUCAGGGGUGUCCGACAUACCGACAAAAUCAUCCGCAAACAGCAUUCCUGAAACCGACGUUUCCGUGUCCCCUACUUUUACUCCCUUCCGGACUGCCUCUACGACUUCCAACAGAUCGUUGAUGAACACCUGGAACAAUGUUGGGGACAGCGUGCAACCUUGUGGGACCCCCUGCUCAAUGUCGAAGAAUUUUGACAGUUCUCCGUCUAGCAUGACCGCGCUUUUCGUACACUCUGUCAUCUUCUUCAGCACUCUCCACAUUUUCCCCUUGAUCCCGUAUUUGGACAGUUGUUUCCACAACCCAUUUCUCCACACGGUGUCGUAUGCCUUUUUCACGUCCAGGAAGAAGCAGUACGUCGGCUUUCCCGCCCUCUUUCUACCUUGGAUGAUUCUCCCUACCGUGAACACGUGGUCUACGCACCCCCUCUUCUUGCGGAAACCUGCCUGGCCCUCACUAAUGCUAUGUUCCUUCUCCAAUACUCCCACUAUCCUAUCGUUCAGCAGCUUACAGAACACUUUUCCUACUGUGUUCAACAGUGUGAUCCCCCUGUAGUUUCCUGGGUCAGUCUUGUCUCCUUUCUUAAACAAGUUCACAACCACUCCUUCCCUCCAUCUACUUGGCGUAUACUCGUUUUUCCACACCCAAUUGUAUAGCAGUACCAUCAGCUGGAUCAUCCCCUUCCCCCCAAACUUCAUGAACUCGUUGACUAUCCCAUCCGCUCCUGCUGCUUUGUGGCACUUCAGCUUGUUCACACACGCCUCAACCUCGUCCUCAGUGAACUCCUUUUCUAGUUCUACGUUCCCAACGUCUGCCUUCGAUGUCUCUUCUUCUUUUUGGGCCCAUGCGUCCACCUCCUUCUUAAACGCUUGGUCAAAAGCUUCAUUCUCCGAGGGCACUCCAAGUCUCUUGUAGUGUCCUGCUAGAACUUCCCUUUUUCCCUUCCCACUGCUGACUAAUCCACCGUUCACACCUCGCAAAGUUGCGACCCCUGUAUCCCCCCCUUGCGCGGUCUUUUUUACCAUUCCACUAAUCCCUUCCCACAUCUGCUUGACGUUUCCCUCCAGGCCUCCGUUGGCCUUCUGCACUACUUCGUCCCAAAUACACUUUUUCUUCUUUUUCACUAGUCCCUUCACCUGUUUUCUCUUGGCCCUGUACUUUUCCCAACUCUCCUCAGACGCCUCACUCAGGUACUGCUUGAAGACUUCUCUACGUUCCCCUAUUUCUUCUUUCAGCUCGUCAUCCCACCACUUAACCGAUACCCCACAUCGUACCACCUUCCUUCCCACUACUCUCUCUGCCGUUGCGUUCACGAUGGACUCCCACCCUUCAAUCACCCUGUCCCCUGCUGCCUGUACGUCUACCUGUCCGUCUUCGACGCUUCUCAGCAGUUUCCUGAAGGAUUCUACACUACCAGCCAGCCCCUUCUGGAAUUCAUCCCGUGUCCCAUCGUCUCCCAAACGCUCUACCUUCCACCGGAACACUUUCCUCUGUUUCUUACUCUUGAUCUUUCUAGAUCGGUCGAUGUUUGCCCAUAUGAGGAAGUGGUCGGUCGAACCUAUAUCUAUCGCACUUACGUGCAGCUCUGGGAUCUGCGUGCUCCCCCUAUCUACCAGGAUGUAGUCGAGGAUUGAGUAUUCAUUGCAAACUGCCCGUUGCCUUGUGAACUCCGGCUUAUCGCAUUCCCUCCUACCGUUCAACACCAUCAGUUCGUUGCUUCCCAAGAAUUCAAGCAUCCUCACUCCGUUGUCAUUCACUUUGUCUUCUCCGUGCUGCCCGAUCGCCUGUCCUCUACUGGAAGCUUUCCCUACUCUGGAGUUGAAAUCGCCCACCAUGACAACUUCUCCCUUCCUACUGAACCUCUGGACAUCUUCCCCAAUUUGUCCAAAGUUCUCCUGCGCCUUGCUUGCGACUUUCUUCGACGACGGUGGGACGUAUACGUUCCCUAGAAACAAAUCUUUCUCACCCCGCUCCCCAGGUAUCUUAAGCCAUAGGCUUUCCUCGAACUCCGUUUUCACCACUACUUCCACCACGUCAAACAAGUGUUCCUUGACCAGGAAUCCGACUCCCCCCUCCCCCCUUUUCUUCGGGUCUAAGCCCUUUCUUGCCUUCCCUACCCACCGGUAUUUCCCUAGUUUGCUUACCACGUCCCCAUCCUUCAAUUCCCACGUCUCUUGGAUCCCCACUACAUCUAGAUCGCUUUGUUCUACUUGGUCCACUAUUUCCAACCGCUUGCGCUCACUCCUUGCGAACCCGCACACGUUCCACGACCCGACUCUCAGCUUGCGCUUUUCCCUAUUGGAGAUUUUGCGCACACCAUCGUUCGCCUUCCGCUUCUUCUCGGACUUCUUCUGACUUGCUUGCUCGACUGCCCUGCUCGGUCCUUUCUUCGCCUCCGUCGCCCUCGCCUCUUGUCUCCUUACCUUCUCUGUUUCUAUCAUGUUCGCGAUGCAAACCCUCCAUCCAAACUUCCUUACGUAGUUCGACAGCUUCUCGAUAUCAACCCCCAAGCACUCUUGGCUGUCUCCCUUGGUCAAUUUCACCCGGAAGUGUUCAUGUUCUCUGCCUACUUGUCCCCUUGCUAGGCAGUGCAGUCCCUCCCUGUCACAACAGUUCUUGAACUCUAUCCUCGUCAUGUCCCUUGGAAUCCCAAACAGCAGCAGCUCCAACUUGUCUCCCUUCCACAGUUUCUGCUUCCAUCCUCCAAGCUUCUUCACCAUCCUCAUGAUCUCUACGGCAACUGGACCGUGGCCACUUGUUUUUCGUGUUUUUUCAGGAAGGUAUACGGAAUACUCGGCCUUCCCAAUCCGAGUGUCCGGCGGGGGUUGUGGUUCCUUUCAGUUCUUUUGCCGGCUCACCGACGCUAAAUAGCGCCUCCAACAUAGGCUCGUAGUCUAGAUCCAAGUUCACACCUCCUGACACAAGUACCCCAGUCUUGUGCCGGGCGCUCUGCUUAGUUAACACCCAGACGUCCCCCGACCACCCAAUUUAUCAUCUCCGAAGUCCCGCGGUACAGGCUACUUUCCUCCUGGGAGGUCAUUUUCACCACAAUAAGUUCAGGGACGACUUGCAUAGCCUAAGAUCCUACUCACACGCCGGGAUGGGGCGUACACCAACGUCCAGCUUCUCAUGUACGCUCCACCAUGGGUUGCUACCCCACUUACGCUCCCGAGUAGACCUAUCUGCCGAACGUUUGGCCAACAAUUCCUUACUGCUUUAUACUCGCCUCUCUCCAAUCCAAGACAAUGCAUUGUGCGUGCUGCACAUCUAGCUCCGCAGUUUUUGCGUGGUUGGUCCGGUCGUUCAGCUUGCUCGACGUGAGUAAUAAGCUUUGCUUUGAUGGCUCUAUGUUUUAUCGAUCCACUUCAAGCAACGCUGCGGCACAGAAGUUCCUGUCCGUU